GGGACCCAAGUGAAAGAUGUAGUGAUCAAGUCUGAUGCCCCCAAUGCUCUACUGUUGGACAAGCAUGCAGACUACAUUGCUGCCUACGGCUCCAAGAAGGAUGACUAUGUGAGUACUGGAUGUUAUGCAGACAUAAUUUCACUGACUCCCGUCUGUGGUAGGAGAACAAGGAUGUCUUUGAUUAGACCAGUCAUGGAAAGCAUUGAAAACAAAAAACCCUGCACCUCUCCAAGACAUGUUUGAGAAACCCUGCUCUUACUAGGUGGAUGUAGCUAGCUAUCUGUGUGGUUCAUCUGUCGUUCAUUUACAUUUUACAUUUUAGUCAUUUAGCAGACGCUGUAAUCCAGAGCGAUUUACAGGAGCAAUUAGGGUUAAGUGCCUUGCUCAAGGGCACAUCGACAGAUUUUUCACGUUGUCAGUGAACCUGUUUCAUUUAUUGAUUGAUUCCCUGUAUCACCCCUCUGCCAGAAGUGGAUGUAGCUAUCUACUAGUUAACUGUGUCUCAGACAGUCAUUGAUAUCCUCUGUCAUCCCACCACAGGAGUACACCCUGUCAGAGUACCUGCGGAUGUCAGGUAUCUACUGGGGCCUGACGGUGAUGGACUUGAUGGGUCAGCUGACCAGGAUGAACCAACAGGAGAUCUCUGAUUUCAUCAAGUCCUGUCAGCACGACUGUGGAGGGAUCAGCGCCAGCGUCGGACACGACCCACACAUCCUCUACACGCUCAGUGCUGUACAGGUAUAAUAUGACAUUACUUAAAUUAACAAUAACAUCAGCGCCAGCAUUGGACACCACCCACACCUGUAGUUCAGCACUGUAAAGGUGAGACAUUACAUAACACCACCUGCACCUGUUCUAUACACUCAGCACAGUGCAGGUCAGGCAGCUGGAUACAUAACAUAACAUUUUGUCUUUGGAACAAGUUCAGAAAGUAACACUCGAUAUCAUGCCUAGAAAACACAACCCUGGGCAUAACCUUACAGACAUAUAAACUACAAGCCAUGUUGUCUGUCUCCCUCAGAUCCUGUCAUUGUAUGAUGGUGUGAAUAUGCUGGAUGUGGACAAGGUAGUGGAGUACAUCAGAGGACUGCAGCAGGACGAUGGGUCAUUCGCUGGAGACAAAUGGGGUGAGUUUACUUUAUGUCUGGGUUUCUGCACAAGAUCAAGAGAUGAUAGUGGUGUGAUGCAUUGAAGAUCAUAGAUAAAUUCAGCUUAAUCUCAAGUUGUAAAAUGUAUCUAAUCAAAUCAGCCCUACUGUCUCUCAAGACCCCGAUGGAGGACUCUAUCUCUACUUAUGGAAUCCCAGUCGUUUCCCAUUAUAAAUAUUUGGGAGUAGAUAUAUUUCCUUCCUUAGAUAAAACCGUUGCCAGAAACUUUAACAGAACGCUCAAAACAAUUAAAUCCAACCUCAGUAGAUGGAAUAACAUCCCAGUUACUUUAACCGGCAGAAUAUCUACUGUCAAAAUGAAAACAGUGCAUUCGGAAAGUAUUUGCAAAUAAAAAUAAAUAAAAAACAGAAAUACCUCAAUUAAAUUAGUUUUCAAACCCUUUGCUAUGAUAUUCGAAAUUCAGCUCAGGUGCAUCCUGUUUCCAUUGGUCAUCCUUGAGAUGUUUCUACAACUUUAUUGUAGUCCACCUGAGGUAAAUUUAAUUGAUUGGACAUGAUUUGGAAAGGCACACACCUGUCCAAAUCAUGGGAGAAACUCCCCAAAUACAGGUGUGCCAAGCUUGUAGCGUCACACCCAAGAAGUCUCGAGGUUGUAAUCGCUGCCAAAGGUGCUUCAACAAAGUACUGAGUAAAGGGUCUGAAUACUUAUGUAAAUGUGAUAUUGGCGUAGAUUUAAAAAAAAAUAUUUGCAAAGAUUUCUAAACACCAGUUUUUGCUUUGUCAUCAUUGGGUAUUGUGUGUAGAUUUGAGGAGCUAAAAAAACAAUUUAAUCAAUUUUAGAAUAAGGCUGUAACGUAACAAAAUGUGGAAAAAGUCAAGGGGUCUGAAUACUUUUCGAAUGCACAGCUGAAUUUCUGUAGUUCAAUGCUUCCCAUGGCUCCCCUUCUGAAUAUUGGGAUAAAAUCCAUUUUUCUAUAUUUACAGCUUAGGUCAGUCCCUUGGGAAACCCAACUACCGAAACAUCCAAUGAUGGGAUUUAUAAAUACAUUAUCUGGGCUCCCAACAGGACUGAUCUCUAUAAUAUGUAAACAACUUUUGGAAAGCUCAUAUUCUGAGCUAGACAUUAAAGUAUUGUCCAUAGAUCUAAUUGAUUCUCAACAACCUUUUAACUGGAACAGAAUAUGGGACAAUAUUACCUUGGCAUCCUGUAAUCUGAACCAUCAAUUUAUACAUGUUACGUUUAUUCACAGACAGUAUUUAACACCAAGGAAACGGUUUACGAUGAAAUUGGCCCCAACUCCCAACCGUUCACUGUGUCCCCUAAAUCAGGUGGGCACAUUCCUCCUCAUUCCUCCUGAGUGGCGCAGUGGUCUUAGGCACUGCAUCGCAGUGCUAACUGUGCCACUAGAGAUCCUGGUUCGAAUCCAGGCUCUGUCGUAGCCGGCCGCGACCGGGAGACUCAUGGGCGGCGCACAAUUGGCCCAGCGUCGUCCAGGGUAGGGGAGGGAAUGGCCGGCAGGGAUGUAGCUCAGUUGGUAGAGCAUGGCGUUUGCAACGCCAGGGUUGUGGGUUUGAUUCCCACGGGGGGCCAGUAUAAUAAAAAAAUAAAUAAAUGUAUUCACUAACUGUAAGUCGCUCUGGAUAAGAGCGUCUGCUAAAUGACUAAAAUGUAAAUGUAAAACGAGUGGCCUGCAGUUCAAUGCUUCUGGGACAAAGUUACAACGUUCAGUUUGAAGUGCAUGAAUGUAAAUAUUCAAUGAUUUGCAUCUAUUAUGUUACUUAACGAGGACAUCCCCUUGAAUCUCUCAAUCAAUCAGUGACGGUUAUUGCUGGCAGGCAGGCUGGGAGGCAUGGUUUCUGGGUGGGGAGGGAGGAUGGGGCAUGAAGGGGGGGAUGGGUUGGGGUUAUCUUUGUAUGCAUUUCUUUUAUUGUUUUUGUACCUGACAAAAAGUUGGUCACAAAAAAAGAGAUGAAAGUGGUGGUCCUGGCAGAGUCUGUUGUUGUUGCUGAUGUCUGUAAGCAGGAAGUCACCCCACUGGCAGGAAGUCACCCCACUGGCAGGAAGUCACCCCACUGGCAGGAAGUCACCCCACUGUGUAUCAUGAUGCCAUAUUGCUGAGUCUGCCUUUAACCUAACCCUUCUGUCUUCAUCUACUGUCUCUACAGGGGAGAUAGACACACGAUUCUCUUUCUGUGCUGUAGCAACACUCGCAUUGCUGGUACGGCUCAAAUUAAAAUCUGUCAUAUUGUCUUUGGUUACUAGCUAACAGAUUUAUAUUGUUUACUUUUACACCAGAAUGCAAUGCAUAUUGUUGUUUUUUCCCUGUAUUAUUAUUAUUAUUAUUAUUAUUAUUAUUAUUAUUAUAAUUUAUUUAACUUGUAUAGCGCUUUUUGUUACAGAAAAUUAUCUCAAAGCGCAUAAAAAGAAAAACAAACAUCAAAUUGAAAAUUAGAUGGUAGAGAUGGAGAUUGCAUGUCUCUAUUUGUCUUUGGAUGAAAGGCUGAGAGAUAGAUUGGAAAGGAGUGUAGAGGGGGAGGGAGGGAGAGGGAGGGGGAGGGAGGGAGGGAAGGGAGGGAGGGAGGGAGGGGGGAGGGAAGGAGGGAGGGAGGGAGGGAGGGGGGAGGGGAGGGGGGUGGUAUCGAUGGUCCAGCCAGAGAGAAACAAAGACAAUUGUUGUUUCUUUCCUGUAUGUACAGCACAUUGCAUAUUGUUGUUUCUUUCCUGUAUGUAACGUUACAGUACAUUGCAACAAGUGCUUAGUUUGUAUACAACAGUAGUUAACUGUUUGACCAACAUGUUGUUCUGUACAGUACUAUGUAUCAUUAGUUUGUAUCAAAUCAAAUUGUAUUUGCCACGUGCGCCGAAUACAACAGGUGUAGACAUUACCGUUAAAUGCUUACUUACAGCCCUUAACCAACAAUGCAUUUAUUUAAAAAGUAAAAUAAAAACAAUAACAACAACAAAAAAGUGUUGAGAAAAAAAGAGCAGAAGUAAAAUAAAAUAACAGUAGGGAGGCUAUAUAUACAGGGCGGUACCGGUGCAGAGUCAAUGUCCGGGGGCACCGGGGCAUGUGGGUAGAGUUAAAGUGACUAUGCAUAAAUAAUUAACAGAGUAGCAGCAGCGUAAAAAGGAUGGGGUGGGGGGGCAGUGCAAAUAGUCUGGGUAGCCAUGAUUAGCUGUUCAGGAUUCUUAUGGCUUGGGGGUAGAAGCUGUUGAGAAGCCUUUUGGACCUAGACUUGGCGCUCCGGUACCGCUUGCCGUGCGGUAGCAGAGAGAACAGUCUAUGACUAGGGUGGCUGGAGUCUUUGACAAUUUUGAGGGCCUUCAUCUGACACCGCCUGGUAUAGAGGUCCUGGAUGGCAGGAAGCUUGACCCCAGUGAUGUACUGGGCCGUACGCACUACCCUCUGUAGUGCCUUGCGGUCAGAGGCCAAGCAGUUGCCAUACCAGGCGGUGAUGCAACCAGUCAGGAUGCUCUCGAUGGUUGUGGGGUUGUGUAUAACUUUUUGAGGAUCUGAGGACCCACGCCAAAUUUUUUCAGUCUCCUGAGGGGGAAUAGGCUUUGUCGUGCCCUCUUCACGACUGUCUUGGUGUGUUUGGACCAUGAUAGUUCGUUGGUGAUGUGGACACCAAGGAACUUGAAGCUCUCAACCUGUUCCACUACAGCCCUGUCGAUGAGAAUGGGGGCGUGCUCAGUCCUCAUUUUUUCCCUGUAGUCCACAAUCAUCUCCUUUGUCUUGGUCACGUUGAGGGAGAGGUUGUUGUCCUGGCACCACACGGCCAGGUCUCUGACCUCCUCCCUAUAGGCUGUCUCAUCUUUGUCGGUGAUCAGGCCUACCAAUGUUGUGUCGUCAGCAAACUUAAUGAUGGUGUUGGAGUCGUGCCUGGCCAUGCAGUCAUAGGGUGAACAGGGAGUACAUGAGGGGACUGAGCACGCACCCCUGAGGGGCCCCUGUGUUGAGGAUCAGCGUGGCAGAUGUGUUGUUACCUACCCUUACCACCUGGGGGCGGCCCGUCAGGAAGUCCAGGAUCCAGUUGCAAAGGGAGGUGUUUAGUCCCAGGAUCCUUAGCUUAGUGAUGAGCUUUGAGGGCACUAUGGUGUUGAACGCUGAGCUGUAGUCAAUGAAUAGCAUUCUCACGUAGGUGUUCCUCUUGUCCAGGUGGGAAAGGGCAGUGUGGAGUGCAAUAGAGAGUGCAUCAUCUGUGGAUCUUUUGGGGCGGUAUGCAAAUUGGAGUGGGUCUAGGGUUUCUGGGAUAAUGGGAUAAUGGUGUUGAUGUGAGCCAUGACCAGCCUUUCAAAGCACUUCAUGGCUACAGACGUCAGUGCUACGGGUCGGUACUCAUUUAGGCAGGUUAUCUUAGUGUCCUUGGGCACAGGGACUAUGGUGGUCUGCUUGAAACAUGUUGGUAUUACAGACUCAGUCAGGGACAGGUUGAAAAUGUCAGUGAAGACACUUGCCAGUUGGUCAGCACAUGCUCGGAGUACACGUCCUGGUAAUCCGUCUGGCCCUGCGGCCUUGUGAAUGUUGACCUGCUUAAAAGUCUUACUCACAUCGGCUACGGAGAGCAUGAUCACAUAGUCAUCCGGAACAGCUGGUGCUCUCAUGCAUGUGUCAGUGUUGCUUGCCUCGAAGCGAGCAUAGAAGUGGUUUAGCUCGUCUGGUAGGCUUGUGUCACUGGGCAACUCGCGGCUGUGCUUCCCUUUGUAGUCUGUAAUAGUUUUCAAGCCCUGCCACAUCCGACGAGCGUCAGAGCCGGUGUAGUACGAUUCAAUCUUAGUCCUGUAUUGACGCUUUGCCUGUUUGUCGGAGGGCAUAGCGGGAUUUCUUAUAAGCGUCCGGGUUAGAGUCCCGCUCCUUGAAACCGGCAGCUCUACCCUUUAGCUCAGUGCGGAUGUUGCCUGUAAUCCAUGGCUUCUGGUUGGGGUAUGUACGUACGGUCACUGUGGGGACGACGUCAUCGAUGCACUUAUUGAUGAAGCCAGUGACUGAUGUGGUGUACUCCUCAAUGCUAUCUGAAGAAUCCUGGAACAUGUUCCAGUCUGUGUUAGCAAAACAGUCCUGUAGCUUAGCAUCUGCUUCAUCUGACCACUUUUUUUAUUAACCGAGUCACUGGUGCUUCCUGCUUUAGUUUUUGCUUAUCAGAAGGAUAGAGUUUUGGUCAGAUUUGCCAAAUGGAGGGCGAGGGAGAGCUUUGUAUGCGUCUCUGUGUGUGGAGUAAAGGUGGUCUAGAGUUAUUUUUCCUCUGGUUGCACAUUUAACAUGCUGGUAGAAAUGAGGUAGAACGGAUUUAAGUUUCCCUGCAUUAAAGUCCUCGGCCACUAGGAGCGCUGCAUCUGGAUGAGCGUUUUCCUGUUUACGUAUGGCCUUAUACAGCUCAUUGAGUGCAAUCUUAGUUCCAGUAUCGGUUUGUGGUGGUAAAUAGACAGCUAUGAAAAAUAUAGAUGAAAACUCUCUUGGUAGAUAGUGUGGUCGACAGCUUAUCAUAAGAUACUCUACCUCAGGCGAGCAAAACCUCGAGACUUCCUUAGUAUUUGAUUUUGUGCACCAGCUGUUGUUUACAAAUAUACACAGACCCCCGCCCCUUGUCUUACCGGAGUCAGCCGUUCUGUCCUGCCGAUGUAGCGUAUAGCCUGCUAGCUGAACGUUAUCAUUGUCGUCGUUCAGCCACGACUCGGUGAAACAUAAGAUAUUACAGUUUUUAAUGUUCUGUUGGUAGGAUAACCGUAAUCUUAAGUCAUCUAAUUUAUUUUCAAAUGAUUGAAGAUUGGCUAAUAGGGUUGAUGGAAGAGGCAGUUUACUCGCUCGCAGUCGGAUCCUUACAAGGCACCCCGACCUACGUCCACGAUAUCUCCGUCUCUUUCUCCUGCGAAUGACAGGGAUUUGGGCCUUGUCGGGUGUCUGUAGGAUAUCCUUCGCGUCCGACUCAUUGAAGAAAAAAUAUUAGUCCAAAACGAGGUGAGUAAUCGCUGUCCUGAUAUCCAGAAGCUCUUUUUGGUUAUAAGAGACGGUGGCAGAAACAUUAUGUACAAAAUAAAUGACAAAUAACGCGAAAAAACACACAUAAUAGUACAAUUGGUUAGAGGGCUGUAAAACGGCAGCAAUCUUCUCCGGCGCCACUUCUAGUGGUUAACAGUUUGACCAACAUGUUGUUCUGUACAGUGCUAUGUAUCAUUAGUUUGUAUACAACAGUAGUUAACAGUUUGACCAACAUGUUGUUUGGUCUGUGUGUCUGCAGGGUAAGUUGGAUGCCAUCAACAUGGACAAAGCUGUAGAGUUUGUUCUGUCCUGUAUGAACUUUGAUGGCGGGUUUGGCUGCAGACCAGGAUCAGAGUCUCCAUGCUGGGACCAGGUAUUAAGCUAUUGAGUUUUCGAUGGCUACUGUCAUGAAUUUUUAGAAAAUCUAUUUGAGCCAUUGUUCCAUAAUUUCAUUUAUUCUGAGCUAGAACUGCAAAGUAGGGUAACUAGGAGAGGGCAAGGAUGAGAGACAGACGAUAGCAAACGAUGCUAACGGAAGAAACAUGGCGUAGACAAAAGAGAGAGUGAGAGAAAGAAAGCAGAGAAGUAGAGAACACGAGAGUUGCAGAGAAGAGAGCGAGAACCCGAGAAGACGGAGAAGAAGAGAGGUAGAGGCAGAGCUCAGAAGCUAGAAGUAACGAAGGGCCAGAGGAGGAAGAGAAAAUGAGAAGCACGAGAUAGCACGACGUAAUGCCAGGAGAGCCUACGAAUAGAGAACCGCGAGGUGGAAAGCAUCGAAGCGAACCUGGCGCGAGAGCUCGAAAGACGUCGUAGCUCCAUGCCAUAUGCACGCUAACCUAAGUCUCGCUUGCCCUCUCUCACUACUAUCUGCCUCCUUCAUCUGACAUCUCUACCUCGCUUCUCUCUCCUCACUCCUAUCUCUUCUCUCUCAUCUCUCUCUUCUGUCCUCUGACUACUUCACGGCUCUAUCUCCUUUCAUCUCCUGCCUCCCUCUAAUUCACAGUGUAAGUCUCUUGUAAUAGCUCAAUUCAGUAGAGCACGGCCCGCCUUGUGUAACGCCAGGGUAGUGGUCUGAUCACCGGCGGACCACCCAUACGUAAAAAUGUAUGCACACAUGACUGUAAGUCUCUUUGGAUAAAAGCGUCUGCUAAAUGGCAUUUCUUUUCUUCUUUUCUUCUCCCCUCCCCUCGUAGAUCUACUGUUGUACAGGGUUCCUGUCUAUAACAGGCCAGUUACACCAGGUGAAUGCCGACCUGCUGGGCUGGUGGCUCUGUGAGAGACAGCUUCCCUCAGGAGGUCUGAACGGACGCCCUGAGAAAGUAGGGGCUUGGGGUUGAUUUGGUCAUUAAUAUCAUAUAUAUUCACUGUUCUAUUUAAUUCUGUGCAUUUGGGAUUCAGCACAAGGCCUCUAGCUUAUUGACAGAAGUUCAGUGUGGUGAAACAUACUUCUAGAUUCCCUACCCUCAUUGCUGGUCUCAUUGUCCCCUCCUCCCUCGGCUAGCUGCCUGAUGUAUGUUACUCGUGGUGGGUGCUGGCCUCCCUGAAGAUCAUUGGUAGGAUCCACUGGAUAGACAAGUCCAAGCUGAGGUCCUUUAUUUUGGCCUGUCAGGAUGAGGAGACAGGGGGCUUCGCUGACCGACCAGGAGACAUGGUGAGAUCAUAAUAUCAUCAUCAUCAUCAUCGUCUCGGUUAACCCAGAACCCAGGAUGUAGCAGGUAGGAAGGGGGGUGUAACAGGAUGUAGCAGGUAGGAAGGGGGGUGUAACAGGAUGUAGCAGGUAGGAAGGGGGGGUUUUUUGUAACAGGAUGUAGCAGGUAGGAAGGGGGGUUGUAACAGGAUAGCAGGUGGGAAAGGGGGGGGGAGGGGGGUGGUUGUAACAGGAUGUAGCAGGUAGGAAGGGGGGUGAUGUUUGGUAACAGGAUGUAGCGGGGUAGGAAGGGGGGGAGGGGGGUUGUUGUUGUUGUAACAGGAUGUAGCAGGUAGGAAGGGGGGUGUAACAGGAUGUAGCAGGUAGGAAGGGGGUUUUUUUUAACAGGAUGUAGCAGGUAGGAAGGGGGAGUUGUAACAGGAUUGUAGCAGGUAGGAAGGGGGGUUGUAUUGUAACAGGAUGUAACAGGUAGGAAGGGGGGUGUGUUGUAACAGGAUGUAGCAGGUAGGAAGGGGGGUGUAACAGGAUGUAGAAGGUAGGAAGGGGGGUGGUGUGUAACAGGAUGUAGCAGGUAGGAAGGGGGGUGUAACAGGAUGUAGCAGGUAGGAAGGGGGGUUGUUUGUUGUGUAACAGGAUAUAGAAGGUAGGAAGGGGGGGUGUAGCAGGAUGUAGAAAGGGGGGUGUGGCAGGGAGGAAGUGGGGGGGUGUAACAGGAUACAGCAGGUAGGAGGGGGGGUGUAGCAGGGAGGAAGUGGGGGGUGUAACAGGAUGUAGAAAGGGGUGUGUGGUGGGGGGUUUUAGCACGUAGGAGGGGGGUUGGGUUAGCAGGUAGGAAGGGGGGGGGCUACGCUCACAUGAUGUUUGGUCCUCUGUAGCUCAGCUGGUAGAGCACGGCACUUGUAACGCCAAGGUAGUGGGUUCGAUCCCCGGGACCACCCAUACACAAAAAAAAAAAAUGUAUGCACACAUGACUGUAAGUCGCUUUGGAUAAAAGUGUCUGCUAAAUGGCAUAUUAUUUUAUUAUUAUGUUUAAACCUUGUCUGACACCUGGAGACUCAUGUUAGCUCCCAGUGCUAAUGGCUAGAUUUGAGCUAGGUAGGUUCAUGUUUCUGUCCUCACCCGCGCUCUCCUCUCGCUCCUUCUCCAGGUGGACCCAUUCCAUACUCUGUUUGGAGUAGCAGGUCUGUCUCUCCUGGGAGAGGGCCAGAUAAAGGACGUUAAUCCUGUUCUCUGUAUGCCUGAGGACGUGUUGGAGAGGAUCGGCCUGCAUCCCGACCUCCUUAGCUAGCUCUUCACACAUCUACACACCAGGGGCGUGGCCAGGUCACAUCUACACACCAGGGGCGUGGCCAGGUCACAUCUACACACCAGGGGCGUGGCCAGGU